AUUAUUGUACCGAAGUCCAGCAUAUAGCCUAGGCGUUCUCCUCUUUCUCCACGCUAGUGCUAUUAUAAAAGGUAACUGUUAAAAUGGGUAAAAACAAAUUUAAGAAAAAACCUGGUGCAAAUCUUGAAGAAAGGAAAAGAAGAUUAAGAGAAGUUUCCAAGGAUGUGGGGAAGGGGGAAAAGAAAACAAAGUCAAAAUAUUCCAUUGACCAACUUCUAGACAAGGCACAAGACAGUAUAGACAGAUUUGAGUAUGAACUUGCCCAGAAGUUUUGUCAGCGAGCUCUUGAGAUGGAGGCAGAUAAUGUAAGGGCCCUGGAGACAUCUGGAGCCUUGCUUAUUGAUCUUGGAAAUUUAGAGGCUGCUAAACAGUGCUUUGGUAGAGCCAUUGUGGUCAGUCCUGAUGAAGGUUAUUCUAAAUAUCUGAACCUUGGGCAGCUUUUCGAAGGAGCACAAGCUGUUGAAUGUUUCCAAAAGGGAAUAGAGUUGAUGAUGGUAGACAAAGAGAAGAGGGAGGCACAAGAGGUGGCUUCUGCAUGUGGUAGAGAUGGUGGACAAGGCAACGCAAGGAAUAUAUCUGAUGCUUAUGUUGCGAUAGCUGAAAUAUACAUGACUGAUUGCUGUUUUGAAGAUGAUGCAGAGGAAAAGUGUCGCAGCAGUAUUGAGAAAGCAAUUACAGCUGACCCAAACAAUCCAGAUGCUGUUCAGUUAAUGGCAAGUUUUCUUCUCACCAAGGAGAAAACACAAGAGGCAAGGGAACAUAUAAAGAAAAGUGUCAGUUUGUGGUUACCAGCAUUCAAGGAGAGUGAAAACCCUGAAGCUUCAGCAAGUGAACCAUUAGAAUGUCCUCAGAGUUUCGAAUCUCGACUUGUGGCAGGAAAAAUUUUGUUAGAGGUAGAGGAAUAUGAGUUAGGGAUAGAAGUCCUUGAAACCCUUCUAGAGGAAGAUGAUGAGAACGUUAAUGUCUGGUAUUUAAUUGGCUUGGCUAAUCAUCACCUGGGUGAGGAAGGGCAAGACAAUGCACGCUCUUAUUUCAAUAAAGCAAAGAAAGUGUACAACAAAACUAAAUGUAAGGAUGAGGAGCUUCUCAAACAUAUUGAAGAACUGCUGGAUUCAAUAGGAACAGGAGAUGAUAUAAUGGAUUCAGACAAGGAACCAGAUGAUAUUGAUGAUGCAGACGACAGUAUCAUUCAGUCUGAUGAUGAGGAAGAUGAAAGUAAGAGGGAAGCAAUGGACCAUUGACUCAUUUUUUUUAUGUAUUUGAAAAAGCAAAGUAGUUGUUCUAUUUCCAGAGACAUUAGUUCUUAUACCUUAGUCUUCUGUAUACAUGUAUAUCAGAUUGUUUCCAAUAAUUUUAUUGUUCACUUUUACAAUGGUAAUAUUAUAGACCUCCUACUGUAUUUGGCUGCAAGUUGAACAACAAAAAUAACACUUUUACUGCUUUCUUGUACAUCAAAUGACAUAAUAUUAUAUGAAUGAAUUAAGAUGAACAUGACAGAUUUAAAGUUGAUUAUACUCUGUUUUAAAGUAUGUCCAAGAACCUUGUUGGCAACAAUAAAUACAGAAGUGACUUGGAUGAGUGAAUUAAACAUUUGCAAGCAUGAAA